GUUUUUGGUCUAUUGACUAAAGUGAUUAAUCCUAUAUCAGUUUAAUUUAAUGUUUUUGUGAGUCAGUUAACAGUGAUAACUCGUCCGUUGCUGUUUCGCGUAUCUCUCCUUUAAUUCUACAACUAUUUUUUUUACAAAUCAAGCAAUGUGUCUGCUAAUGUAAUAAUACAACCUAAACGUUCGCAUUUUAGACUGUCCAAACUCCAAACCAAUUAGUAGUGAAAAUGGAAUUGGCAAUAAAACGUCUAGUAUACAUUUACCUAAUUCUCCUUAGUGGUUUUAUUAUCGAACAGGUCCUCACGGCGGAGAGCAAUGCAUCGACGAGCAGAUCGGAAGGAAACUACCACUGCAUCUGGUACGGGCAAUGCAACAGGAAAGGGCAGGUGUUGCAAAAUUGUCCAUACGAAGGUCCGGCGAAGACGUUAGACGAUCGGGACGGGCUGGAAGUUUUGUCGAGGCGAUGCCCGCAUCUGCUGACCAACAACGGCGACGGCGUCAAGACGUGUUGCGACACUAAGCAACUGCAAACGUUGGACAAUAGCGUCAAAAUUGCGGAGAAUUUCUUCAAGAGAUGCCCGUCGUGCAUGCACAACUUUGUGCAGCACAUCUGCCAGAUGACCUGCUCGACGGAGCACUCUCGGUAUCUGAACGUCACGGAUAUUCAGACCAAUGAUAAAGGUGUCCAAUACAUAAACGCGCUAGAGUUCUACAUUGCUAACGAUUACAUCUGGGGCACCUACAACUCGUGCAAAGGUAUCGGUUUGCCGAGUACCGGUCAAAAGGCGCUCGACAUCAUGUGCGGCGCUUGGGGUUCGGCGAAUUGCAAUCCGAUGCGAUGGUUCGAAUUUAUGGGCGACGCCGAGAGCAGCCCCUACGUGCCCUUCAAAAUCAAGUACAUUAAUACCACAAAACCAAUCGGUCGCUUCAUACCGAUGGAUGCCCCGACUGUACCGUGCGAUAAGGCCAUUAAUGAAAAUGUAUCGGCAUGCAGUUGUGUCGAUUGCCAGGCGAGCUGUCUAGCACCGAAACCGCAACCGCCGCCUCCCGGACCAUUCCGCAUAGCCGGCAUCGAUGGUUACACCUUUGUUAUGGCGAUAAUAUUCACCGUCGGUAGCGUACUCUUCAUCCUUUUAACGCUAUUUUGCGACCGCCGCAACAUAGGUUAUGAAUUAAGCAGAACUUAUGAGGCAGAACAUUUUACAGAGCAGGAUUGCAAAGUGGGUAUGGUUCGCGGGCAAGCUACAGAAGAGGUAGUGAGACGUCUGGCUGAUAAUAGAAAUUCAUCUCGUACUGCUCUCGGGGAUAGUGAGGACAGCCCUCUUCAGUCUAAACGGUCUAGCGUAACAUCAGAUGGGGAUCACGAAAUGGACACGCACUCCAUUAGCAAGAUGCCAGGAGAAUACGAAACCAACUCGUCGUUCAUUGAGAAAUUGGGGGCCAACACCGAAACCUACCUUCAGGUCUUUUUCCAAGCAUGGGGAACAAAAUGUGCACAAAAACCGUGGGUUGUUCUGUUCUUGGGCGGCUGUUUGGUAGUCGGUUUAGCGCACGGGGUCAAAUAUCUGAAGGUGACCACCGAUCCAGUCGAAUUAUGGGCGUCGCCCACUUCAAGAGGUCGCAUUGAGAAAGACUACUUUGACGAGAAAUUUGAACCAUUUUAUAGAACGGAACAAAUAAUAAUUAGAGCGGUAGGGCUACCCCACAUACAACAUAAAACCAAAAACGGAAUAUAUACUUUCGGAUCAGUAUUUAACGACACCUUUUUAAAGUCAGUCUAUGACCUGCAAGAACGUAUCAAGUUAAUCGGAAACGGAACAGAUCAUUCGUUAGACAAAAUUUGCUUUGCACCGCUCCGACCUAAAGAUCAAACAGAUACCAAGAGUAGCGAGUGUAUGGUGCAAAGUAUUUGGGGAUACUAUCAGAACGACAUGGACACGUUUGAAGAAAGCGAUGAGUACAAGAAUAUUACGACGAAUUAUUUGGAUCAUUUCGCCGCCUGUUCACAAAACGCCUUCAAUUUCGAUUGCUUAGCGCCGUACGGCGGCCCAGUCGAUCCCGCGAUAGCGGUCGGCGGCUUUUUAAGCGAGGGGGAGUACCUGUCGGAUACGCCCGACUACAAGAAGGCGCAGGCUAUCAUUAUAACGUUCCUGGUGCAGAAUUUCCACAACAAAACGAAGGUAGGCCCGGCAAUGGAAUGGGAACGUAAGUUCGUGCAGUUCAUGAAGAACUGGACGGAACACGAGCGGCCCGAAUACAUGGAGGUCGCGUUUAGUUCCCAGCGUUCGAUCGAAGACGAACUGGAUCGCGGCAGCCAUUCGGAUAUUAUCACGAUUUUGAUAUCGUACGUGAUCAUGUUCGCUUACAUCGCAAUUUCGCUGGGUCAAGUGCACACGUGUAGCCGACUGUUGAUCGACAGCAAGGUCACGUUAGGUCUUGGCGGGGUGACGAUAGUGUUGGCGUCGGUCGCGUCGUCCGUGGGGUUGUUCGGGUUUAUCGGAAUUCCGGCAACUUUGAUUAUUAUUGAGGUGAUUCCGUUUUUGGUGCUUGCGGUCGGCGUCGACAAUAUCUUUAUUUUGGUGCAAACGCAUCAGCGCGAACCGCGGCGACACGAUGAGACUACCGCCGAGCAUAUUGGAAGGAUACUAGGCCAAGUCGGACCGUCCAUGUUACUUACGAGUAUUUCGGAAAGUUGCUGUUUCUUCCUGGGCGGUCUCUCAGAUAUGCCUGCAGUGAGAGCGUUUGCGUUAUACGCCGGAAUGGCCUUACUAUUAGACUUUAUUUUGCAAAUAACCUGCUUUGUCAGCUUACUAUCAUUGGAUACGAUUCGACAGUCGGCAAACCGAUACGAUGUUUGCUGCUUUAUCAGAGGUUCCAAAAAGGACGCACCUCAAGGAGGGCAAGAGGGACUACUGUAUAGCUUUUUCAAGUCUCUCUAUGUACCUGUGCUGAUGAGCAAAGUGGUGCGAGUCAUAGUUGUGAUAGUAUUCUUUGGAUGGCUUUGUUCUUCGAUUGCCGUCUUACCUCACAUAGAAGUCGGAUUGGACCAAGAGUUAUCCAUGCCCGAAGACAGUUACGUGCUUAAAUAUUUCCAGUUUUUAAAUCAGUAUCUGUGCAUCGGACUUCCGACGUACUUUGUAGUGAAGGGUGGUUUAAAUUACAGCGACUUUAAUGCGCAGAAUUUAAUUUGUAGUGGACAGUACUGCGAUUCGGACUCGUUGGUUUCCCAACUUUAUGCCGCAUCGAAGUCGUCUGCUACAUCGUACAUGUCGAGGCCUAGUUCCAGUUGGCUGGACGAUUAUAUGGAUUGGUCUUCCAUAGAGAGUUGCUGUAAAUUUAACUCGAAAACAGGAGCGUUUUGUCAACACUCGGAUCACAGUGGCAAGUGCGAGGCCUGCAACAUAACGAUAGGAGACCGUCCGCCGCGUCCGAAUUCGACAAACUUCGAACACUACAUAUCCUUCUUCCUGCAAGACAAUCCGGACGCCGAUUGCAUGAAGGCGGGACACGCGGCGUACGGUCAAGGCGUCAACUAUGUCACCGAUCCGAAGACGCAGCUAUCAACAGUGGGAGCCUCUUACUUUAUGGCCUAUCAUACGAUACUGAAAACUUCCAAGGAUUACUACGAAAGCAUGAGAAGCGCUAGGGCGAUAGCGCAGACCAUUUCUGACACAAUUAACGCUAAAAUUAAGACCAAAGGGUUGAAUGUCUCGGAACCGAUCGAGGUAUUCCCCUAUUCGGUUUUCUACGUGUUCUACGAGCAGUAUUUGACUAUGUGGGGCGACACGAUUAAAAGUUUGGGAAUCAGUUUGACGGCCAUCUUCGUCGUGACCUUCCUGCUAAUGGCUCUGGACAUUUUCUCAUCGAUCGUCGUGAUUAUCACGAUAAUAAUGAUCCUUAUCAAUCUGCUCGGCUUGAUGUACUGGUGGCACAUAACCUUAAACGCCGUCUCUCUAGUUAACCUAGUCAUGGCCAUCGGUAUCGCGGUGGAGUUCUGCUCUCAUUUAGUGCAUAGUUUCUCCGUGUCGGUCGAGACCACACGACUGGAGCGCGCGUCGGACGCCCUCACAAGAAUGGGAAGUUCCAUAUUUUCUGGAAUUACGCUGACCAAGUUUGGCGGAAUUAUCGUGCUCGGAUUUGCCAAAUCUCAAAUAUUUCAAGUAUUCUAUUUCCGAAUGUACUUAGGUAUUGUACUUUUUGGAGCUGCUCAUGGAUUAAUUUUCCUGCCUGUGUUACUUAGUUAUAUAGGUUCACCAAUGAAUAAAGAAAAAUUGGCGAAACAUAAUCGGACUUUAAAUGGAUCGCACAUACAAGAAACAUCUCUCAACAAAGCAUGAUGCAUCAUAGAACGGUUAGAUCCAAUUUCUAUGAAGCAACGAUGGUAUCUCCAUUGCUGUCCCCUUCGUCGAGUGCAGUCAACUACAACAGUAUAACAUCAGUCGCUUAGUCAAUUUUGUUUACAACGUAAAAUAUAAUCGGUAUUAAUGGAAUCAAUGAGUAUUAUUUUUUUAUGUUUUUUUUUCAAUUCUCCAAUUACAUAUAAAAACAUGGCGGGGCAGAGUUUUCGCAUUGGGAAUCGUGCUGAUAUUAGAAAUUGUGUAAGUAAUACACUACUUGUCCAUAUGAAUAAUUUUAAGUAUUAAGGAAAAGUUUUGUACGUGUUGUUCAAACUCAACUUAGAGAAGAUUACUUAAAUUACCGAACGUGUAGUACUUCUUUUUAUGUUUCCUAAAUCUUUAGAUGUAAGUAGGAAAAGACUGGAGCAGGCAAUGGCAGGUUAAUUGAAAUAAAAUAAAAAUUUGCUUUUUCCUAUA